UCCAAUUGCAGAUACAUGUUCAUCUGUGAAGCAUUCAAGACACAUACAGGUCUCUUCUUCACUAAUCCGUUUUGUCAAAGGAAAAGAGUACGCCAUUUUUCCCGUGUAAUGCUCUAAGUCGUUGCCAUUCUACGAGUUGCUGAUAAUAUUGUGUAACAGGGGAGCCACCCAGAAAAACGUUGAAGUGGAGACGGGAGUUCAGAUCAAACUUCCAACAUCUAGAAAAGAGGAUUCCAUAAGUAGGUUACAGUCUACACCUUUUAAGUCUUUCCGUGUUGUAAUUUCUAAUGAAUUUUGUUUCCUUGUAUUUGUAACUUAUUCACAGUGUUCUUCAUUAGUAGUCCAUUCUGUUUGUUGCAGCGAAGCGUUUAUUUGUUGGUUAUCACUCUGCACCUACUUCCCAUGUUAUAUGUGAUUUAAGUCUCUUUCCUCUAGUAGAUAUCAUAUCUCCUGUAUAUCACAUGCCAAUGCAGCCUGUUGCUUUCUGGAAUUACCAGUUAAUCAUCAGAGUACUUUCCUGAACUUGGAAAGUUGGUUCUCUUCUUUUCCCUUUUCACUACGCCGGAAUGUAGUCUUGUCAAUACUGAAAAGGAUCACCCUCAUUAAGUCACAUUCAUUUUCAGUGCUUUUUAAAACUUUUGAUAGAUAGCUGAUGUGGGUGAACUUUUCUUAUGCUUAUUUGUGGUGGAGAAUACUUUUUACUUUUGAGUUUGCGUACUUAUGAUGCAUCGAGUUGCCAAACUUCUGGCUCCUUUGUGAUUUUUGUUGGUCCUUGUCUGGUCUGCAGUCAUUGAAGGCGAUUCUGCUGAAAGUGUUAGUAGAGCAUCUGAGAGAAUAAGAGCCAUUAUCGAUGAGGUUAGUACAUAGCUGUUAGAUUUUUCAUAAGUUUAUUUUCAUAAAUUAAUUUUUUUCCCAUAGCUUCUGCCAAAUCCGAUUUAGAAUGUGUACCAAGAAUUACAAGUUUUCUUCAAUAUCUAUUACUGCACGUGAUCAACUCUAUCUUUUGCUUUUUCUUCUUCUGCACCAUCUGCUGUGGUUCUGUAUAUUUCCAUCUUAUGCUUUUGAUUUUCCAGGCAGUAAAAAGCCCAAGUCUUGACUACUCUCACUUUAUAUCCCUUCCAUUGGCUGUAAAUCCUCAACUUGUGGAUAAGUUGUAUCAAUUUCAGAACUCAAUCCUAGGAUUUUCUGAGAUCAAUCAAGUUAACAUACUGGCCAGUGGUUCACGUAAGGAAGUCGAGGUACAGUAUGGGAAUGAAACAACAGAAAAUGUCGUUCGACCUGAACUGAAAGUUGGUACUGAUAAAAUUGAAGUGGACAUGAAAAACAUACCUCUAGUGAGCUACCCACCCAAAAUGUCAACACAAUAUGCUUCGGAACCGAAAAGUCUUGAAGCAUCUGAGUUGGGCAUCGACAGGUCCAUCUUUAUAAAGCCAAAAACUUUUCACUUAACCGUACUGAUGCUGAAGUUGUGGAAUAAGGAACUAGUAAAAGCCGCUGCUGAUGUCCUGCAGAGCAUCUCACCGAAGGUAAUCGAUGCGCUGGACUCUCGGCCUGUAUCUAUUAGACUUAAGGGGCUGGAAUGCAUGAAAGGAUCUUUCUCCAAGGCUCGGGUUCUCUAUACUCCUGUUGAAGAAAUAGGUGGAGAGGAAAGGCUAAUAUGUGCCUGCCAGGUUAUCAUUGAUGCAUUUGUUGAAGCAGGUCUUGUUCUUGAGAGAGAUGCAAAACAUAAGUUGAAGUUGCAUGCUACUGUGAUGAAUGUUCGGCACAGGAAAAGGAAAGGUAAAAAAAAGUAUAAUGAUUACUUUGAUGCACGUAGCAUUGCUGAUCGAUAUGGAUCUGAGGAUUGGGGAGAAUACGUUAUCCAGGAAGCCCAUCUUUCCGAAAGGUUUGCGUUUGAUCAAAAUGGAUACUACCAUUGUUGUGCUUCUAUUCCAUUUCCUGAAAGCUUGCAAUUAGAUUGACAUUUUACGUGUAACUAUUUAAGCUUUAGGAUUUGAGGCGCUUCUUGUCAUGAUUGUCUUGCUACCAACUGGGGUUUUCUUUGCACUUGUAUAUUCUUUUCUACCAUUUAGGAAGGAGUUGAGUAAAGGUGUUAGACAUUUAAGUGGAUCACCGAAGUUUUGUCCGUUUCUGUUAAAUAAAGUAGUUCAUUUUCGAUUUGUACUGCAAUUUAAUCUAUAAAUCUAUUUCUCUAUAAAGAGCAAACUCACCAAACAGUUAUUGUGGCUUUUAAGGCUUACGUAGCUGCUGCCUGAUGAUAGUUAAUAAAAACCUCAAUGCCGGAGGUUUUUGAAAGAAGCUCCAUACCUUGUAAAGCACAAUAUCACAAAUUCCCUCUGAAGUAUAAUCAUGCACUGUAAUAUACUAGUUCUAUUCUGGAGUGUGCGAAUUUAUCACUUCUGAAAAAGCAAAUCAAGAACAAAAAAAUCCUAUUAAUUUUUUUUUGCUGGAGAAAGUCUUAUUUUUCACCUCUCCUGGUACACAAUAACAUUUUCCUUUUGUUUUGCUUCUUUUUUCCUCUAGGAUUUAUUAUUGGGUUUUGGUGGUGGGGGGGAGAGGGGGGGACUAGAAUUCUGCUGAAGGAUGUGUCAAGAAGAAGAGUGAAAGGGCAUUCUUCGCAGAUGGCCUGAGGACGAGGUUGUUGGCCACUAAUAAGUGAAUGUAUAAUAUGUGAGGCCAAACAUCUGGUACAUUUGGAAGUGACAGUUUUAUACCUUUUGGUAGAGUGGGGUAAUAAGGAUCAGCAUUUCAUGUGGCCCAGGAAAAUUAGAGGUAGAAUAGUUUUAUACAUGUUCUCUGGUCUUUUGUCCAUUUCUUGUUCAGUUGGUAAUUCCCCUAAUAGAAGCUUCACUCUAUCUGAAGCUCGUAGAUGAAGAAUUCCCCGAUCUAAGAUGGAAACAUGAAAUUAGAGUGAGAUUAUACAUACACAUUGAUUAUCACCAAUUCCUGUAGUGAAGAAAAUCCAUUUCUUUUGGACAGUAAAAUGUAGGCAUUAUGUCAGUGGGACAUGUUAUUUCCGACAUGAUUCAUGAUUUUGAAAUUCAAUGUUGUAGCUGGACUAGUUGGUGUCCAUGAUUGGUGUUAUGAAGUCUCAUUCUGAAGAGAUAGGAUUGAACAGACAAAGCAUGAGACUGUCUUAGAAUUACUUUGUGAUUCUUCAUACUGGAUCUUCUUGUUUGUAAAUGUGUUUUACUGAUUAUGAAAUACCUUAAGAAAAUUAAAUACUAGUAGAUUAUACUCUUGAAAAUGAAGCAGACUAUUAAUUCAUGACGAAGCUAGAUUACUGCUGAGAACUAAAUGUUAUACAACCUGCUUGUUGUCUGUCGUAUUGAGAAACUCUUCUAGAUGUAGUAGCAACAUUUAUGACUAAGAUUAAUCAUACGACUUGAUCUCUACUAGCUCACUUUAGCUCUGUCUCUGUUGGUGUAAGUUUUAGCCUAUUCGAAAUGGUUCGCCUGCAUUUUCCUUUCCACCCAUGAAGGCGAUAAUACAGGACUCAUUUGACACUCCUUCUCAGCCUGGCUAUGCUUGGGGUCUGAUUUCUCUGUGUUCAAAGUCUCAGCGAGAUAUACUUUGACUCGCCAUACCUUGAAAGUUUGGUCUAGACUCGCGCUGUAAACUAGGAGUCCGAUCAACAUAUCUGAUGUUUCCAGUGAAGCUGCUAAACAUUUUACUGGUCCAUGGUGACCAUCAAUCACCGCAAGGCAUGAGUGAAAUGAAUUCCCCUCUUCUCUCCUCCAUACCCUUAUUGUUGCAUCUUCAGAACCACUUAAAAGCAAGUCUCCAAUUGACACUAAACAAAGAACUGCAAAGUGGUGGCCUUGUAGAAAUCCUCUAUGGUUAAACCUUCCGGACAUUCUCUCCUUCUGCCAAUAGUUUAUGAGUCCAUCUGCUGAACCAGAAUAGAGGAAACAGCCACUGGAUAACAAACUUAGGGCCAGAGCAUUUACUGGUGAUGGUUGAAACUUUAGAGUCAUAGUGAGGAUGUGAGAGCUUUCUCUGUAAACCCUCCUCCAAAUCUUCACUGUGCCAUCUGAUGAACCGCUGAAGACACAGCCGUCUUCUUGGUUGAUGACAAUUGCAUUCACUUGACCUUCAUGUGCCACAAAUGAAUCAAUGCAUUGCUUUUCUUUGAUUUUCCAGACCUUGACUGUCUUGUCCCAGGAACCUGUGUAUAACAGGUUUUCCAUGUAGUUAUAAGCUAUACAUGAUAUGUAGUCUUUGUGGCUGUUCAUCCUUGGGUACAGUAGGAAAGAUCUCCGUGGCAAGGUGGUAAUCUUCCUUGGUUGAAAACUUUCUGUUGGCGGCACUUCCCACACUCGGAUUUUGUAGUCACCAUGAGCAGUGAAUAAAUAUUUCCCAUGUGCCAAGAUAGCUCGAAUGCCGCCAGCAUUAGCCUUAAUGAAUCCCAUUUCUGUGCAAUCUGGAAGUUUCCAUGCAUGGAUCCUUCUGCUGUCUGAUGCGGUGAAAACAAAGUGCUUGGAGGAUGUUAUCGAGAAGAUUUUACCUUCACUGCGAUGAAGUGAGGCUACACAGUGGUAUAGAAGGGACGAUGUUGGGGGAGAUGCAUGCAAAGGAGAUCUCACCCAGGGAGUCUCAGGGCUCAUAGGCCAAAGGGGGAAUGAUGCAGCGGAUGCACAAGAAGUUCUUGGAGAAGCCAAAUGAGUAUCAGAUUCGUGGUUUCCAAACGAGAGCCUUCUUGGUAAAUUUAUAUUCUGCUUUUUUUCCUCAUCCACAAAACUCCAUAGAGUUCUUUCUCCAGUGAACUCCAUUGUAGACGGUGGUUUAUUGUCAAAUUGGUAUAGUCAGGAAUAGGAGUAGAGAUGACUCUAUGGGAAUACGUAAAGUAGAAGUUGAUGACAAUGUGUUGCAUAUAAAGUUUGGUGACUGCAAUAUGUGUGAGGUUACUUACUGUGGAGGAUGGUAAGUAGAAAACAUAAAGAAAACCAACAGGGUUGGACCAAUUGCUAUAGUACCUUAAUGGUUUAGCGUAGUGUUUUUGACUUUUUUCAACUCAUUGUAGGUGUUUGAACUAACGAGAUAAAUUGUGUAAGUGAAAAAAAUUGAUAUUUUAAUAUCUAAAUACAUAUGUGAAAUCAGAAGACAUGGGCGAAUAAUGAAUUUAGUACACUCACAACAGUACAUUCGAAUUCCAUGCAUUGUCCACAACAUUGAAUCACACACAGUAGCUUGGACCAUUGGUAUGGUGCAGUUAUCCCUUCUUCUUGAAGGAUUUUGCCCCCACAGACAGCCAUUUUUAUCUGUUGGGUGUGCUGAAUUUGACAGAAGUUUGGUGCUUGUUAUUACUACAUCAUGAAUAUCCGUAGCUUACAUCCUAGGUUUACAGCUACUGUGAUAGAAAUGCUUGCCUUUUAGAAGUUUUCUCCUCUGUUUUAACUAGGCUAACUUCCUCGUCUUUUUUUUUUUUCCAUAUUUAUUGUUAUUGUUUUCUUUUUCCUUGGAAGAUAAAUGUCCAUAUGUUUCGAAAUUCAAAUGAUCAUUGAUAGGAAACAGUGAAAACCAUGUAAGGAGCGAAUUGAUCAUACGCGGUUGGCCUAUCAUAACGAUUUUUUAAUCAAAAUGAACUGUGAAAUGAAUUGGUUUACAGUACCAUACAUCUUUCCGAGUCCUCUAUAGAUUUAGAUAUCGUCGAAUUCUGAAAACCAUUUGAAUUCCUAUGUGUGGGGUACUCUCUGGAGAUCUAUGCUGAAGAACUCAACCACCCCAGUUGAAUGCAUUCAUGUACUCUGAAUUAUUAUUAUGUACUUAAAGUGGCUCGAUUGAACUACUGCGUUAUUU